AUGCAGUCACGGCUUCUUCUAGCCGCCCUGUUCCUGGGCUUCAUUGCCCUGGUCUCGGCAUCGGCCAUCCCCGUCCAGAAGCGUUCCUUCAAGGUUGAGCGAAGGGCCAACCCCAACUUCACCGGAAACGAUGGUCUCAAGGCCCUCGGCAAGGCGUACCGCAAGUUCGGCUGGGACAUGCCCCAGAACUUGAAGGAUGCUCUCGAAGUCCGCAAGGCUGGUGAUAUCGCUCGCCGAGCUGCUGCUGUUGCCGCCAAGGAGGCUGCCGCCCAGAAGAAGAGCCGUCGAUCACUUUUGGACAUUUUGGACCCCGCAGCUCAGCAGCCCGCCUCUGGCCAGAGCGGAAGUGUCACCAACACCCCUGAAGGCAACGAUGUCGAGUUCCUGUCUCCUGUCAACAUUGGUGGCCAGACUCUCAACCUCGACUUCGACACUGGCUCCUCUGAUCUCUGGGUGUUCAACACUCAGAUGGACGCUCAGCUCACCGCCGGCCACACUCUCUUCGACCCUACCAAGAGCAAGACCUUCCAGGAGAUCCAGGGCGCCAAGUUCCUCGUCCAGUAUGGUGAUGGCUCCGGCGCUGAGGGCACUGUCGGUACUGAUGUUGUCAAUGUUGGUGGCGCUGUUUUCAACGCCCAGGCCGUCGAGAUCGCCACCCAGGUUACCCAGCAGUUUGUCGAUGACCAGCAGAACGACGGUCUCAUGGGCCUUGCCUUCUCCACACUCAACACCGUCCAGCCCCAGCAACAAAAGACUUUCCUCGAUAACGUUGCGCCUUCUCUUGCCGAGCCUGUCUUCACUGCCGAUCUCAAGAAGGGCGCUCCCGGAACUUACACUUUUGGUGCUGUCGAUGCCUCUGCUUUCCAGGGCGACCUGACCUGGGUCAACGUCGACAACUCUCAGGGGUUCUGGCAGUUCAGCAGCGAGUCUUUCGCCGUUAACGGUGGCGCAACCCAGAAGGCGACUGCCGGUGGUCAGGCCAUUGCUGAUACCGGCACCACUCUCCUCCUUGCCGACCCCAUCAUCGUCCAGGGCUACUACUCCCAGGUCCAGGGUGCUCAGAACGACGCUCAGGCCGGUGGUUUCACCGUCCCUUGCGAUGCUCAGCUGCCCGAUCUGGAUCUGGAUGUUGGUGGCAACUACGUUGCCCGUAUCAGCGGUUCCGACCUCAACUUUUCGCCGGUUUCAGGAAACACUUGCUUCGGUGGUCUUCAGGCUACGACCCAGGGCGGUCUGGGUGUCUAUGGUGACAUCUUCUUCAAGUCGCAGUUUGUUGCCUUUAACAUUGGCAACAACACUUUGGGACUGGCCCCCCAUAACUAA